UCCAGCUCCACUUCUCAACAUGUUUAAAUAUAAGCAUCCAGUGGUAGUAGAUCUUGGGUUCUUGCUAUGGCAUGCUUAGACAUGUUCAAUACAGAGCACCAACCAGGUCUCUAUGCUCCCAUGAGCCCAAGAAUCUCCUUCUCAAAUGAUUUUGUGGAUGCCCAUGCCCAAGCCCAACAAAUGAUCAAGUAUGAAUGCAACUCCAGAGAAGCAGCACCUGCAGCUGCGGCCUCCUCAUCCGACUUUGAAUUCUCUGUCACCAAUUACUCCAUGAUGACAGCAGAUGAGCUCUUCUUCAAGGGCAGGUUGUUGCCCUUCAAGCAGGAUAACUGCACCAACCAGUUUCAAAAGAUGACAUUGAGGGAUGAGCUCCUCAUCCACGACGAUGACUGUGAUGAUGGUGUAUCUCACAGGCCCCCCAAGGGUUCCAUCAAGUGGAAAGGCCUUCUGGGUCUGAAGAGGUCACACAUUCUUUCCAAGAAAGCUGAUAAAAGUGAUGGGUCUGUGGACAGAGCUGCAGAAGGAAAAGGGUCAUCAAUGGUGAUUCAUGAAGAGCUGCCCCUUGCCGAGGCUUCACAACAGGAGUUGUUGGUAGAUGUAGUGAGGACUAAAAAUUCAAGAGAUGUGGAGAUUGGGAUAUGAAUGAUGCCAUUGUGGAUGAAGAACACGGACGUACUUCCUAGAAAAUUUACUUGGGUUUUUCUUUGGGGUGGGGAUAUUUCUGCUAAUUCUAGAGGAACUUCUGAUAAUUAAGAUUUAUCUGUGGGUAGGGGUUUUAACCUUGAUUUAUGUUUCCUUUCAUCAACACUUUCUUACAUUUUUUCCCCUUCCAGAGGUUAGUGUUUGGCUGUUUCUAUGUAUAAAAUAUUUGCAGUUGCAGAAUUUCUAUGUUUUAUUAUGCUGUUUACUGACA